AUGAUUAAUGUAGGAUAUAAACUAUUAAAUCAUUAAGUAAAAUCAUCAUAUAUUAGGGGAGGGUAAAUAUGGGGAAGCAAUAAAGUCCAUUGAUGCUGGAUUAAUCAUAAAUUCAAAUCAUAUUAAUUCAUUAUAUUUUAACGGUAUUUAAUUCAGCAAUAAAUGUAUUAAUUGAAUGUUUAAGGAAUUAUUAUGAAUAUGAUUAAAUGUAAAAAUGCUUUAUAAUUACAAUGAUGCAAUUAUAUGGGCUGAUAAAACUUUGUAAUAGAUUCAAAGCAUUUCAAUUCAUUAAGUAGAAAAGGUAAACAAUUAAUAUAUUAAUGUAAUAGCUCAUUGCUUGAAGUAAAGAAUUUGUGA